AUCGUACUUAUCUCUCCCGGUUUAUCCCUCGUUCCUUCUCUGCAUCUCGGGACUUCUUUCGCUGCUCUCUCUCUCUCCGAGCACAGCUGGGGGUGGUGUUCACGGUAGGCAGCAGCGCACUGCGCACGGGCGCAGUGGUGAGGCGCCUAAGGGAGAGUGGCAGUAGUGACGCCUGGCGCCGGUGCAGGAGUGCAAGGGAGACGGUGGCGGCAGCGGCUCGUGUCGACGGCCGGAGCCCGGAGGCAGCGGGGCGGCGGAGGCGUCAGUGUACGCGGGCGGGGCGGAGGAGGCACUGAAGCAGCUCGCGGCGGCGGGCUUGAGCCAGCGUUGCGGCACUCUCGGGCCGGUGGCUUCGGGAGUUGGGAGGCACUGGCCUGUGCAAGAAGGGCUUCCGAGAAGAAACGGUAGAAGAGAAGUUGGGGAUACGAAUGUUUUUUAUCGAGUCCUUGUUUAUCCGGUAGGAGAGGGAUUCGGAGAUUUCAAGAAUCUGGCUCUUAAUUUUUUCUUGUAAUCUCUCUCUUUAUCCCUACCGUUUGGAAGACAUCGUGAUUUUUUAAUCGCGAUUUUCAGAAUCCACAGGGAUUCAAAGUUCAAACGGGGUCCAAACCUUCCCGACUUCCAGUACAGUCUUCCUCAGACGAGGCCGCAAGACAGGAGGAGACAACGCCGAGGCAGCCAGCUAGGGCGCGGUCAACCGCAGUAAGCCAAUAAGCAAUGCAGUAGUGGGCGCAGCUCCGGAGGAGUGGAAUGACGGCGCCACCGAAUGCUAGCAUGGGACCGCUCAGUUUGGGUGGCUGCGGGGCUCUCCUCUCCACUCCUCAGCCUAAUUCGUGGCAUUGCCGCGGGUUCUCGAUUCCUGAGAGGAGCGUCUUUAUGUUGCCACUGCGCCGGGGUUUGUCAAGGAAGAGGGGCUGGGUUCUUGAUUCAAGAAGUAACGGUGCUGUGGCUCGUGAUGAGGUCGGUGCCGGGUCGUCAGAGCUUCGGCACAUCGAGAAGGAGCUGACGUUCAGCCCGACUUUCACUGACUAUGUUAAAAUCAUGGAGUCGGUGAAGUUGGACAGGAGCAAGAAUUUACAUGGCGCCGAUGGCCAGAGUUUGAGGAGAAGGUUCGCGGGUGAUGGCCGACAAAGGAAUAGGAGGUCUGGUGAUGCAAGGAAUAAAUCAUUUGAAAGGAAUCAGGGGCCUCAGAGGGACUUGGCGAAGGAUGAGAAUCAGAAGGAUGUUACAGGCUUUGUGGAUAAAAGAGCAACUGGUCAUGUAAAAAGUAGCAAUCGCAGGCAAGGGGAGGUUGAAGACUAUGCACAGAGAAGAAUAAUUCGUGGUGGUACAAGAGGAAAUGGAGACAAUGGGCAGUUCUCAUCACCUGUGAAGGCUAAAGAUACUAGGGGUAGUAUGUCUGUUCAUAGGUUGGUGACGAACAAACAGACUCAGUCAGUUGCAGGGAACGAUUUACAAGGGCGAGCAACUUAUACUCCAUCUCGGACUUCUGCCCUUCCAAAUAGCAGUAUUCCAUCAAAGAAUGCUAAGGUUCAAAUGAGAAAAUACGACUAUACUAUGACAAGUAGCAGAAUAGACUUAAAAUAUCCUAGAGAGACAUUUCCCAAUACUGAGGUCAACGCUGACAGUAAUGUUCAAAGAAAUCAGCAAAGAGUGGAGACCUUAGGGAGAAACUUUGUAGUACGUAGGUUUGGGGAGAUUGGCACCGACUCUAAGAAGUCUACCGUAAGCAAAAUUUAUGGGAGUACACAGGCAAUGCCUGAGCAUGAUAGCCAUUCAAGUGAUAAUUUGGAGAGUGAUGAACGUAGGACAGUUCAAUUGCAUAGAGGAGCAAAUGUUAAAAUGGGGAAAUUUGUUAGUAGGGAUGCUGAAACUACAGAUUUUGAUGAUAGAGCUGCUUUCAAAACUUUUGAGGUAUUUACUGAUGUCAGGAAUAGGCCACGGAUCCUUCGAAUGGAAAUGGAAGAGAGAAUCCAGAAGUUAGCUAGUCGGCUCAAUGCUACAGAUGUAAAUACUCCAGAGUGGAAAUUCUCCAAAAUGAUUCAUGAUGCAAAAAUUAAAUUCUCUGAUCAUUCUAUCCUAAGGAUUGUUCAAAUGUUGGGUCGAUAUGGAAAUUGGAAAUGUGUUUUGCAAGUGGUUGAAUGGCUCCAGUCACAUGAAAGGUUCAAAUCCUACAAGAGCAGGUAUAUUUACACAACAGUUCUCGAUGUUCUAGGGAAGGCAAAGAGACCAUUCGAGGCGUUGAAUGUAUUUUAUACCAUGCAGAACCAAUUGUCAUCUUAUCCUGACAUGGCAGCUUAUCAUUGUAUUGCUGUUACUCUUGGGCAAGCUGGUCUUAUAAAAGAAUUAUUUGAUGUGAUUGAUUGCAUGUGUUCUCCUCCUAGGAAGAAGUUCAAAUUGAGCCCUCUUCAGAAUUGGGAUCCUCGCUUGGAACCAGACCUUAUUGUAUACAAUGCAGUUUUGAAUGCUUGUGUGCAACAAAAGCAAUGGGAAGGGGCAUUUUGGGUACUGCAACAGUUGAAAGAGAAGAACAUUUGUCCAACAAAUUCAACAUAUGGUCUUGUUAUGGAGGUAAUGCUUGUCUGUGGAAAGUACAAUUUGGUUUAUGAGUUCUUCAAUAAGGUGGAUAAAUCAUCAAUACCUGGUGCUCUGAACUAUAAAGUUCUUGUAAAUGCACUUUGGAGAGAAGGAAAGAUUGAUGAAGCAGUGAUGGCUGUGAAGGAUAUGGAAAGUCGUGGAAUUGUUGGUUCUGCUAGUCUGUAUUAUGACCUAGCUCGAUGCCUUUGCAGUGGUGGACGGUGCAAAGAAGCACUUCUCCAGGUUGAAAAGAUAUGCAAGGUUGCCAACAAACCGCUGGUUGUUACCUACACAGGACUCAUUCAGACUUGCAUAGACAAUGGUGGCAUGGAAGAUGCUAAAUACAUAUUCAACCACAUGUGCAACUACUGUUCACCUAAUUCUGUUACUUGCAACAUCAUGAUGAAGUCAUAUAUUAAACAUGGAAUGCUUGAAGACGCGAAAGACCUGCUCCAUGAUAUUCUGAAUUGCAGGAUAAGGAGUAAAGCGGAUUCUAAUCAAGUGGCAACCGCUGACAAGUUUACUUUCAAUACUUUCAUGGAGGCCUGUGCUGCAGCAAAAAGGUGGAAUGACUUCGAGUAUGCGUUUCGUGAGAUGUUAUUGAAUGGGUACCAUUUCGAUGAGCGAAGACACCUUCGGAUGGUACUUGACGCUUUUAGGCAUGGGAAGGAACAGCUGUUGGAUGAUCUAUGGCACUACCUGUGCCGUCACAGCCGUGUCCCGCCCUCCCCUGUCAUAAUGGAAAGAUUCUGCCUAAAACUGAUGCAGGGAGAUACACUGGCGGCGAUCUCCUGCGUCAGCAGCUUCCAUGAGGGCAAGAUAUGCAACGUCUCCUCCAUGUCAUGGCUCAAUCUGCUGAGCCGCAAUGCAGAUAGGCUGAAGGAGGAGCAUGUUACCAAGUUAGCUCAUGAACUCAACAGCCUCAUUAGCUUGAGGAGUUCCUCUGAUAGCAUUAGUCUUAGCCUGUACCAAAAAAUUAUUAGUAGCUGUACGGCAUUCCUCUCUGGAGCCACAGUUGUAGAAAAGGCACCUUCUGGCCAAUAGGUGGUGUUACAGAAAUUAUAAUAACCACAGUUAGUAAAUUCUAGUACUCCAAAUCAUAAUUACCACGACUGAUGGAGUGUAUUGCAUUCAACGUUUGGUUAUCGGUACAAAGUUAGAAAUGGAAAAUUUUCACGUAAGGAAUUAGUUCUUUUUUUAGUAUAAUACAAAGGCUGAUUUGGGAGCAUAAGCGAUAAAGCUUGCUUUGUUUGAUUAAUUUUAUACUGGUUACUUUCAAAUUCACAAGUCAUAAUACCAUGAGCAUCAUUUAUUGA